AUGUCAACACCGAUCAAGAAAGUGGUCGUUGUGGGAGGCUCUGGCCUGACCGGCGGAGAGAUCACUCGGGCCUUGCUCCGUUCUGGAUUCGAAGUAUCCGUCCUCAGCCGUGCAUCAUCGAAUGCCCAAGUCCCCGAUGGCGCAAGAGGCAUCAAGACCGACUACUCCCACGACUCGCUUGUUGCAGCCUUCAGAGGACAGGACGCGGUGGUGUCGGCAAUCACUACAUUAUUCGUGGGCCAGCAACUCACCAUCAUCGAUGCUGCCAUCGAAGCCGGGGUCCGCCGUUUCAUCCCGUCAGAGUACGGAGUCGACACUUCAGACCCUGCUGUUGCCGAGAUCGCUCCACCCGCGGGCACCAAGACGGAGAUUGUCGCCUACCUCAAGUCAAAGCAAGACACUGGGAUGUCAUGGAGCGCCAUCAUCGUGGGUGCAUUCUUCGAUGCCAUCUUCGAUGUCCCUGGUGUGCUCGGUCUGAACCUGGCAGAGAAAACCAUGACCAUUUUCGACGGCGGUGACGUUGAAUUCGAGGCGACGAAUCUGGACCAAAUCGGGCGAGCAGUCGCUGCAGUCUUGUCCGCCGAGCAUCUCGACGCUACUGCCAAUCAAUACGUCUACCUCAACAGCUUCACCUUGACACAGAACCAGAUGUUGAAGACUUUACAGGAUCUCACUGGGAACAAAAUCCAGGUCCAAUAUGCGAAGAAGGAAGAUUUCAGGAAAUCUUCGCAAGAGAAGAUAAAGUCUGACCCAGACAAAGGCGACGUCUGGGUACGAGGGUCAUAUGAGGGCAUCGUGUUGAUCAUGUUGAACGAAGGAGGGUUCUGUGAAUAUUCCAAGAAAGGCCUUCUGUGGAACAAGAAGUUGGGUCUUCCCGAAGGAAAUGUAGACGAGACCAUCAAGGCUGUUUUGUCGAAGAAGGGUCUCCUUGCUGGUGGGACCGACACGCAGGUUAUGGAGAGCAACGUAUUGUCAUGGAAAGUCCUCCGAGCAUGGAUGCAGCUAUCUAUCUCUGACCAGGCCAUAGAGGGCGAUGAAACCGGAAGUCAGUACUAG